AGGUAUCAUUGCUUCCAGGACCACCUAAAACAAACAUUUUGCCCCUUACCUCCGUGAAGAAGUCCCUUGCCGACCUCCUCCAGGACUCCCUCGUCCCGACGUCUCCAAGGAUGCCUUGCGUCCGAAUCCUUAACGCGUCCCGCGUCCCUCUCCCUCCAGGUCCUUCUCCUCCUCCGGGGGACACCGUGCGGCUCUCCUUCUUUGAUACCUUAUGGGUCGUCGUCCCCCCGAUCCAACGGCUCUUCCUCUACCCCGACGCCGCCCUCCCCUACGCCUCCAUCGUCGACUCCCUUAAGUCCUCCCUCUCCCGAACCCUCCCCCUCUUCCACCCCUUCGCCGGUAACCUCACCUACCUCCCCGCCUACGGCGACGCCGUCAUCGACUGCUCCACCUCCGCCGCCCCCGCCGUCUCCUUCCUCGAGGCCGAGUCGGACCUCGACAUCCGCCGCCUCGCCGAGGACGAGACCCACGACCUUGAGUCUUUCCUCCAGCUCGUACCGGACCUCGGCGGCGUCCGUGAGCUGCCGGCCCCGGUGCUCGCAGUCCAGGUGACGGAGUUCGCCGGCGGAGGGGUGGCGGUUGGGCUGGCCGUCCACCACGCGGUGACGGACGGGAAGGGGAUCUGGCGAUUCGUUGAGUCGUGGGCAGCGGCGUGCAGAGGGCGUGGGGAUCCGCCGGGUCCCACGCCGCUGCAUGAUCGAGCCAUUAUAAGACACCGGACCGGCGACGACAUCGCCCGGCUGCUCUUGAGACGGAUGGCGCCCGCGCUGCCCAAGAUUGCGGGCCCAAUUGUUUCUUUUCUCGAAGACCGCUUCCAUCACAGGCGAAGGACGUUCACCCUCGCCCCCGCUUUCAUCCAAUCCCUGAAGCAACGAGCCGUCCCUCAAAGCACAGACGUCAGCCACUGCCCCAUCACGACCCCUUCCACCUUCGUGGCCAUCUCCGCCCACGCCUGGCUCUGCAUCGCGCGCGCCAAAGCCCUCGCCGGCGACGCGGCCACCACCCUCGGCUUGGCUGCCGACUGCCGCGCGCGCCUCGACCCCCCCCUCGACGAGGCCUACGCCGGGAACUGCAUCCGCGGGUGCUUCGCGCAGGCCACGGCGUCGGAGCUCUUGGCGCCCGGCGGGCUCGCUUUGGCGUGCGAGAGGAUCCGGCUGGCUGUCCGGGCGGGCGUGGGGGAGCCGCUGAGGGAGUACGAGGAGUCGGUGGAGGAGUACAAGAGGAUGCCGCGGGCGAGUUCGGUGAUCGUGGUGGGCUCGCCGAGGUUCCGGGUUUACGAGACGGACUUCGGGUGGGGGAGGCCGGCGAGGGUGGAGCUGGUGUCGAUGAACCACGACGGGGAGGUGGUGCUGGUCGCUGGCAGGGAGGAGGGGGAGGUGCAGGCGUCGGUGGCGCUCUCGGCGCGACCGAUGGACUCGUUCUCCAAGUUGUUUGUGGGUGGGUUCGAUGGAUAGGCUGGGUGGGGAGGGAAUGGAACUACAACGUCGCAAGUGAAAAUAGCCAUCAGAUGUAGAACGGUCUUUGAUCCAUGGCGACAACCUAUCUAAAUUAUUUUUACUA